AUGGCACCUGUGGACAGGCCUCUUAGCGCCGACUCCAACCAAACUUUCUCUCUUUCUGUAGCUGCGGGCGUUCGCACCCCGCGGGGUGCUUCCGAAGAUGUUGGGAGGCCUGCAGCAGCAGCAGCAGCAGCUGCUGCUGCUGCUGCAGCAGCAGCAGCAGCAGCAGACACGCCUGCGAAGCUGACGCUGCGGGAGGGGGCAGGGGCGGCCUCGCCGGCGGCCGAGGUGUACGUACACCGCAGCAGCAGCAGCAGCAGCACGGUGGUCGACGUGGCGCUUCCGAGCCGGGCGCUGCAGCAGCAGCAAGUGCAGCAGGAGAAGUUCGCGUUGCCAGCGAAGGGAGACCCCGCAGCAGCAGCAGCAGCAGCAGCAGCAGCAGCGGAAGCGGCGGAGGCGGGCGAAGCAGCAGCCGCAGCAGCCGCGGCGGGCGGCGCCUCCCCGCCCGCGCCCCCAGCAGCAGCAGCAGCAGCAGCAGCAGCAGCAGCAGCAGCAGCAGGGAAGCCGCGAGUCUGCUGCUGCCGGCUCUCGCGGUGGCACUUGCUGCUGAUCUUUUGCUUCCAAGCUGUUCUCAUUGGACCCCACUAUUUGAAUUGGUCUCCUUUGCGGCAGUGUCUCCUUUACUACGACGUGUACGGGUGGCUGUGCGAGCCGGAGCAGCAGCAGCAGCAGCAGCAGCAGCAGCAGCAGCAGCAGCACCGGAAGCCGCUGCUGCUGCAGCGGCAGCAGCCCGCGGACCUCCAGCCCAUCUCCGCCGUCCUCCCCACAAUUCCCCCCGGCUUCGAGUUCCCGCCAGCAGCAGAUUUGCUGCCGCCUCCCGAGGCCCCCUCCUCCGCAGCAGCAGCAGCAGCAGCAGCGCCCCCAGCAGCAGCAGCAGCAGCAGCAGCAGCAGCAGCAGAGUUGCCGGAAGCAGCGUCUGCGGGCGUGGCGGGCGCUGCUGCUGCGUCUUCGGCAGCAGCGCGCCCGGCCUCGCCCCCCGCCCCCGCUGCUGCUGCUGCGGGCGCGGACGACCCCGCAGCAGCAGCAGCAGCAGCAGCAGCAGCAGCAGCAGCAGCAGCAGCACGGCGAGCGGGCCGGGCUCGCUGCAAAGCGCAGGAAAUAGCGGUGGCGCGGCUGUUUGCAAUCGCAACAGCAGCAGACUUCGGAGUCUCCUUUUUCGGGGGUUUGCUGCUGGACUUGCUGGGCCCGAAAGCAGCAAGUGCAGCAGGCUGCUGCAGCAUGCUGCUGGGGUGGCUGCUGCUGUGCGUGUCUUCUGCUGCAGCGCCGCUGCAGCAGCUGGGCUUCCUCGUCUAUGGGAUCGGGAUCGAUGCAGCAUUUUAUGGCCUCAUGAGUCUCCCGCUGCUCUUCCCGCAGCAGCAAGGCCUUGUCUUGACUUUGCUGCUGUCUGCCCGGGGCUUGGCCUGGGCCUUGCCGCUGCUGCUGGAGCGGCUGGCCAGGCCCGGGGGCCCCGCGCUGCCUGCUGCUGCAGUGCUGCUGGGGCUGCAGGGGUCUUUGCUGCUGCUCGCGCUGCUGCUCGCGCUGCUCUUCGUCCCCGCCAGGCCCUUCGACCUGCUGCUGCUGCAGCAGCAGCAGCAGCAGCAGCAGCAGCGGCAGCAGCGGCGGCCGCGCGACGCACGCAGCAAGGCAAACGCGCUGCUGCAGCUCCAGCUCACGAACAAGGCCAGCCCCGCUAAGGAGGAGGGCAAGGAGACUGCUGCUGCUCCUGCUGCUGCUGCUGCAGCGCGGAGCCACCGCAGCAGCGACCGAAGACGGCUUCUGGCGCGCGUCCCGUCGCUGCAGCAAGCGGCGGCGUCUGCUCAGCAGCAGCAGCAGCAGCAGCAGCAGCAGGAGGUGCCGCAGCAGCAGCAGGAGGAGCGCGGGCCGGGCUCCGCGCCCGCCCCCGCUGCUGCUGCAGCAGCAGCAGCAGCAGCAGCAGCAGCAGCGGGAGGCCGGUGGGGGCGGCUGCGUGCGCGUUGGCUGCUGCUGAAGGCGGAGACGCGGGAGUUCGUUUGCUGCUACGUUUGUUCUGCUGCGUUUUUGCCGCUGCUGCCGUACUUCACUUUGACUUUGCUGCGGGGGGUUUUCUUCGGAGAGAGCAGCGAGCAUUUUGCUGCUGAAGCAAAAGAGGCGCUGCACUUGCUGCUGGCUUUUGUCUUUGUUUAUCCCCCGCUGUUGGGUUAUUUGGCAGACAAGUUGGGGGCUGGCUGCUGCUUGCUGCUGGUGAAUUCGCUGGGCUGUUUGCUGAUGGGUUUCGCGCUGCUGCAGCACCUCAGCAGCAGCAGCAGCAGCAGCAGCAGCAGCAGCAGCAGCAGCAGCAGGAGGGCCGUGGCGCACCUGCUGGCGUGGCUGUACGCCGCCUACGCGCCGCUCAUGGCGGGACAAAUAUACCUUUUUAUGCAAAGAGCUUUUCCCCAACAACACUUGGGAAAACUUUUGGGACUUUGCAUGACUUUCGGGGGUUUCUUUUCGCUGCUGGCCACUCCGCUCUUUGAGGUGUCUGUACACCGCAGCCAGAACUUCACCCUCGUCCUCGCGCUGCUGCUGGUCCUUUCCCUCUCCGCCUUCGCCCUCGUCUUCAUCGCCGACCGCGCAGCAAAGAAAAACGGGCUGCUGCAGCAGCAGCAGCAGCAGCAGCAGCAGCAGUAG